CAUUGGAUCAUAAUAUAUAUAUAAAAAUAAAAAUCAAGAAAAAAAAUAAAAAAAAAUGGGAAGGCAGCCUUGCUGUGACAAAGUUGGAUUGAAGAAAGGACCAUGGACUUGUGAUGAAGAUAAGAAACUCAUCAAUUUCAUUCUCAACAAUGGCCAAUGCUGCUGGAGAUCUCUCCCUAAACUUGCUGGGCUGCUAAGGUGUGGAAAGAGCUGUAGACUGAGAUGGACAAAUUAUCUGAGGCCAGAUGUGAAGAGGGGUCUUCUCUCUGAAUAUGAAGAACAAAUGGUUAUUGAUCUUCAUGCCAAACUUGGAAAUAGAUGGUCGAAAAUUGCAUCUCAUCUUCCAGGAAGAACAGACAACGAGAUCAAGAAUCAUUGGAACACACACAUUAAAAAGAAGCUUAAGAAAUUGGGAAUCGAUCCACUCACCCACAAGCCUCUUCCGCCGCCGCCGCCGCCACCCACCACCGACCAGCCGCCGUCGGAUCAAGAACCAGCACUGGAAACGACGAUGGCGGAUCAGAACAUAGUGGAAGAGCCGCUGGCGAAAAAUAUUCCAGCGGAGGCGGGGCCCACCACCUCGUUGUUCGAGUCAGCGAAAGAUUGUACCGAAGUCAAAACCACAGCCGGUUCAACGUUUGACCCUGCGGGAUUAGUCAACGGCGAUUUCUGCGUGGACGAAAUCCCGAUUAUCGAGCCGCAUGAAAUCCUGAUUUCUUGCGGCGGCGCCGACGAUUCUUUACUAACGCCUUCGUGUUCGACAACGACGACGACGUCGUCUUGUUCGUCGGACUCGCCGGCGGCGUUGUUCGAUGAUUACUGCUGUGAGAUGAUGAUUGAUAAUAUCUGGUUCGAUGAAUAUUUCAACGGUUUGGGUUUGCUGAUUAACGGCGACGGUGGUCAAUUCAAUACGGAUAAUGCAAGCUUUGAGCUCUUCUAAUUAAUAUAAUAUUAUAAUCCCUUGUAAAUUGUAUUUUCUGUACACUUUUUUGGUUAAUUAAAAAUGGACAAAGAUCCAUCAAAGGAAAAAUAAAUAAACUUUAAUUCGACCCACUCAAAAUAAACUCAACCUGAAUCGGUUCCACCAUGAGUCACUCAAAAUUUUGUUUUGAAGUAUGAGAUCCUAAUAAUUUAUUUUUUCUUAAUUAAGGAAGUGACUCGCAGCCAGUUACAUAAAUGC